GAGUCUUUGUCUGAAUGGGUACUCUUUAGGAAAACCCUCUGAGCCAGUUUUCAGAGGCAAGAAGUUUAUAUUUCAACAAAAUUUGGGUCUCUUUUAUUUGACACUGCGGUAGACUACUAAAUACAGGAGCUGAUGAGUAACCCUGUACUUUGUCAAGUGUUUCCUUUGGUCUCUGGUAGAAGUUCUUCUGGAUUCUGUAAUGGCACAACCAAAUUGGCCAGAGCUUCUAGGUGAUCCUAAUGUCCUCAAUCAAGAUUCAAAGAUACCAGCACCUUCUAGGCAAGAGAAAGUAGUCAAUACUCAGGUGGAUCUAUCAAAGGAGCAUUUUACUGCUAAGAGCUCAGUGACAUCUAAGCAACGAAUGCGUUGGACACCAGAACUUCAUGAAGCAUUUGUGGAUGCUAUCAAUCAGCUAGGUGGUAUUGAACGAGCCACACCUAAAGCUGUAUUGAAGCUCAUCAAUAGCCCAGGGCUCACCAUUCACCAUGCCAAAAGCCAUUUGCAGCUCAUCUCAUUUGUGAGCUGUCUUUAUAUUGUUGAGAGGAAUUAA